AGAAGCGUCUGGACUGGAGGCCUUGUCUGGUGCGCGGUAGCGACGCGCCAGCUGCGAGAACUCGCCAAGGCAGCCAGCCGGCCGCGUUGGUACGCUCGUACCGAGGGGAAGCGGAGCGCUGGUGGUGGGGUGGGGGCAGCGCCUUGCCCCAACACACGGCAGCGCUCGCCCGUCAGUCAGUAGCGUCCCGUCCUCCGCUCCAAUGCCACGCAGCCGCUCCUGAGGACACGCCAGCGAAGCACUCCGCGUCCACGGGAACCCCAGCCCGGCAAGGCGCCGACCGACCGCCCGGACAUGCGCAUCUCCGUCGCCGCAGACGUCGGCCCUCAAGGUCAGCCAUGGACGGCAGAUGACUAUUCUGGCGUUGGCUGUAUGAUGAGUGGAGUAGCUGCGGGCAAGCAGCCGCCGUCACUAGCUGUGACAAAGCGGCAGAAGCUGGGUACUGGCAAUGUACCCCCCGCAGUCCACGGCCGUGCAAAUCCUGGCCUUCAGGUGCGACCACGACUCAGCAAUCAUCAGCGUAAUCUCAGCUUGGAUUUCCGGUCAAUGGGCAUUCUACUUCCACCUAUAUCCCAGGUGACAGCAGCUACUACACUGACAAUGCAUCACCGCAAUAGGAGCCUUGACUCUGCAUUACAGAGGAUUCCUGAAGUCGAUGUAACGCCCAGUCCCGAAUGUGAACCGUCCGACGGGAGGCUGCCCAAAACAGCUGUGCCUCCCGACGUACCCGUUGCAGGAGUUGCAGUAAGGGCCAGCCCAGUUACCGGUCGAGAUCGUGAAGAGAUUGCCAGUUUGGGCUCCGACGAUUCCGGCAUUCUUUGUGGUGGCGGUAGCAGUGACACGACGAGGGAAUCCAGUGUGCACAGUAUAAGCCGCAGCCACGAGAGCCUCGAGUCAGGCUCUGGCCAGGAUCAUGUUGUCCAAGAACCGGAAGAUGUGCCGCAACUGAGUGACAGUGAAUCUUCUCCCCCAGUGUCUGUUGUGCAGGCUGCCCCACCCCCCUCGUCACAGUCUUCAUUGACACUGUGUUGUGGUGGUGCUAAUACAGAACCUUCUGAGACUGAGAAGACUGCCAGGGAACUUUCACAAGGCAGCGGUGCAAAAGAUUUCUUAUUAAGGUUAUUUGAAAGCAAACUGUUCGAUAUGUCCAUGGCAAUCACAUAUCUCUUCAAAUCAAAAGAACCUGGAGUACAGAGUUACUUGGGGAACAAAAUAUUCAGUUUUCCAGACAAUGAAGUAGAUUUUUACUUGCCACAGUUGGUUAGCAUGUACAUACAGAUGCAUGAUGUUGCUGAAGUAAUACAUCCGUACCUUAUACACAGGUGUAGAAAGUCUGCUGACUUUUCUCUGAAGUGUGCCUGGCUCCUCGAUGCAUACAGUUCAGAUGCUCAUUUACCAUCAAAGAAAAAGUCCCAUGGAACAAAGUUGCGUAAUCAUAUUCUCUCAGAUGAAUUACGCCCUCGAGGUCAUCAACAGCAUAAACCAGACCAGCCUGCUACAGUUCCUCCUCCACCUCCUCCACCACUUCCUCUACCAUUAUCAGUUGCUAAGAAGACACAUCAGCGAUCUCGAUCUGAUGCUACAGGACUCUUUCAGAGUUGCAAACGCAUGCUGUCUUCCGGUUCAACCAACAAAGUCUCUUUAGGUGACUUAGCAUCUGGACGUGCAUUUGACAAUGGCUGUACCUGUUUUGACACCUGUCAGGGGGUCGUUAAUGAUCUCAAAGGAAAGAAGACGGAUUGCACGUGCAAUGCUCCACGUCUGGCUCCUCAGUUGGAGUUCCUCAAGGCACUAAUAUCAAUAGGCAAACUUUUGAGCACAAUUCCAGUCAAAGAAGACAAGACUACAAGACUGCAGGCAGAGCUAUCUACAUUGAACUUGAAUCUGCCAGCUCGGGUAUGGCUGCCCAUUCAUAGUGAGGUACCUCACCACAUUGUUAGGAUACCACCCCAGACUUCUGCUGUCCUCAAUUCAAAAGACAAGGCUCCAUAUAUUAUAUAUGUGGAAGUACUAGAGGUGGAUGACAUACAUACAUCACCUGUGCCAGCAAAAAUAAUGAAUACUUUGCGACCUACAAAGUCUGAGGACAACCUUGUAGCAGAAGUACAGUGUGAAAGUUUGUCUUCGUGUGCUUUUAGCAUUUAUAGUAGUCCUGAUGAUGAUACAGCAGACUGCUGGUCACAGGAGGAUGAUGAAAUAUCCCAGCAGUAUAUGCAGCUACGGAAGCCAAUGGAUCGCGACACAAUAUCGCAGCUGAGCCAAGAAUCAAGUGAUUCGAGGGAGCCACCUGUGUUUAUAGCAGCUGGUGACAUCAGGAGGCGGCUUUCAGAGUCAUUGCAUGAUCAGAGGCGAGCAGCAUUCACACAUGAUCCUGAAGACCCAUCAGCAGCUGCUCUGAAGGAGCCCUGGGAGGAAAAAGAGAGGAGGUUGCGCGAAGCUUCACCGUAUGGGCAUUUCAGUACAUGGCGUUUGCUGUCUGUCAUUGUAAAGUGUGGUGAUGACCUUCGACAGGAACUUCUAGCUUCACAGCUCCUGUCCAUGUUAAAAAGGAUAUGGGAAGAAGAAAGAGUACCCCUUUGGGUGCGCCCAUAUAGGAUUCUGUGUUUGUCUAAUGACAGCGGGCUCAUAGAAACUAUACCAAACACAGUUUCAUUACAUCAGAUCAAAAAGCACUGUCAACUUUCACUUCUUGAGUAUUUUAUUCGAGAGUACGGACCUCAGAAUUCUGAAGCAUUCCUCACUGCUCGUCAGAAUUUUGUUGAGAGCUGUGCUGCUUACUGCCUCGUCUGCUACUUGAUACAAGUCAAAGACAGGCACAAUGGCAAUAUCCUCCUGAAUAACGAAGGUCGUCUUAUACACAUUGAUUUUGGCUUCAUGUUGUCAACUUCACCAAGAAACCUUGGGUUUGAGAUGUCCCCAUUUAAGCUCACUCAAGAGUUUGUGGAUGUGAUGGGAGAAGAAGACAUGUUUAAUUAUUUUAAGUUUUUGAUCCUGCAGGGUUUAGUAGCUGCAAGAAAGCAUAUGGACAAAAUAGUCAGUCUUGUGGAGGUUAUGUGCUCAGAUUCCCAGCUACCAUGCUUGAAGUCUGGUGCAGUUACAGUACAAAACUUAAAGAAGCGCUUCCACAUGAGCAUGACAGAAGAGCAGCUACAAGUGCUUGUAAACAAUCUUGUUGAAUCAAGCAUCCAUUCUCUCAGCACUAAGCUGUAUGAUGGCUUCCAAUAUUUCACCAAUGGGAUCUUGUGAAGUGCUGUGUUUGUGUAAAGUAUUGUUCGCAAAAGUUAAUUGAAAUUCUUGUUGUUUGCUGUAAGACAUUUGUUCCUCGCAUGUGAAAAAGUUGAUUAUUAAAUUCAGUUUUAAAACGUUCAGACAGUUUAUUAAUUUACUGCUGUUUGUAUGUUGUGUAAAUAAAAAUUGUAAAAAAUAUUUUUGUUCAUAAGGAGGAUGUGGCUGCAGAUGUGUGGACUUGCUUGACUUUACCAUGUAAAGUGUUACUGUGCACAUUUGCUAUGUAAUUCUGGCAAAUUAUAACUGAAAGGGUAGCAACCCUGAAUUCAAGAAAAGUCUGGUAAUACUGGACUGAACAACCUUAUUGAUCAAUAUGUUGUUUGUGGUAUUAUGAACACAAUAUUUACUGAAGUUGCAAGAAAAGUAAAAUGCUUCCCAUAUUUUAUAAUUGUUUUCUGAUGUGAUAUUAGUAUAAUAAUAAAAAAAUGAUUACAUCAGUGAGGUGUGUGCCUCAUUCUGUAAUAAAAUAUUAACACUAUAAAGUCAGGAGCAGUGGCUACUUUUCUUAGACAUGGUUGAUGAUGAUUGGAAAUUCUGAUUUACAAAUGUAUUUUGUCCUGUUACUGAAGUCAUAAAUUAUUACUGUGUACUAAAAUUUCAGGUGAAAGUAUUUGGUGUCAGAUAUUUUUGUCUUCUGCUGAGAAAUGCAAGCAGAAAUAAACCAUUCCUGGCAAUACACAGGCUUAACUUAACCAUAUUUUAAUCAUUAUACAUAUUAAGAUUUAAUGCUGAAAAAUUUUUAUAGCUCUGUGUCUUUUCAUAUGAAUAAAUGAAAUACUGAUUGUCUGACUAUGCAGAUUUCAAAAUUGCAAAGAAUUACAUCAGCAUAUUGUUAAAUACUCAUGAAGCAACCCCCCCCCCCAAAAAAAAAAUCCAUUUUAAUGUUCUGGAGCGCAUUUCAGUCAUACAAAUAAGUGUGUGUGUGUGUGUGUGUGUGUGUGUGUGUGUGUGUGUGUGUGUGUGUUGGCGGUGCACAUGGCAUUCAGCAAAAAUGUUAAUCCUUUUUAAAAAGAGAAACCAGCAGUACUUUUGUUUAAAACCAUUUUAGCCAAUCAGUGGAAUUUUAGAAGUUUGUCAGAUACUCAGCAAUCAGAAAGAACUUCUUCAUUCUAGCUUAUAUUUUUCAAAUUCUAUGUUAUGUAUGGGAUUUAGUAAUUGAAUUUCUUUUCAAAUUAAAAGGAUACAUUACUUCAAAGGAAAAACUUUUUUUUUUUUUUUUAAUUUUCAGCAAUUGAUUGUAAUAUUGCCUUGCCAUUAGUUAAAAAUGUACCUUAUAAUUUUUAUCUGGAAAUAUGUGGAUAAUGCAGCAACAUUGAAGAAAUUCAUCUUACUUCCAUUGUAUGAUUUAAUUAAAAUAUUAUUGUUUGUAAUAAAAUUUUGUACCUUUAAGUUAGUUACCAGAAUUGAUCUGAACCAACCUAAGGUAUAAUUUUGUUGGGGUUGUAGUUAGUAGUAAUGAUUUCUUCCAUUUGCAUUUAAGAGUGGAACUUUAUUAAAUUUAAGUACAACCACGUAAGUCAAUGUGUCAUACAAUGGUGUAGGGCACACAUUUAUUUUACAGUAUUUCAUAAAAUGGAACUGUAAUCCUCUCCACAUUACAAAUUAAUCCUGUUGUGUGCAGCUCUCAUAUUAUACAAGUUUUCAUUCAUUCCAUAAAGUGUAUCACUCUUCAUUUCACAUUAUAUGCAUUAAAACUAAACAUACAUUUAAGACUGAAACACUAUGUGAAAUAAAAUACUGAUUGCAUGAUCUUAUUUUAGUGUAACAAUACUGUGUUACGGCAAUUUGUUUUGUGUGUUUAAUUAGUGUUCUGUUAAUUGAGGUCAGUAGUACUUCAGUUUAUAUUUAUAUUCUUCUGUGGUCUUUGUAUAGGUGAACUGUGUCUUAUGUAUUUGUGUCAGUGUUAUUUUGUUUCACAUUUGUAAAAAAAAAAAGUUUGCUAUUUAAAUAUGUUUACACACACUGACCCCACAGUUUUUAAUGUGGGUCGUGCCUAUAUAGGUGCUGGGAAGAAAAUGUGAAAUUUUCUUGCUGCUGUAAUUAGUGUGCGUCAGAUGUACUUCAAAAUGUAAUGAAUUUUGAGCUGUGUGACUGUUAAGAAACUCUUCUCAUCAACUUAUGUAAAUAGAUGUAUCAAGCUCAUGAAGAAGAGACAGAUUUUUCUUAACAUCAUAUCAGAUUGUUGACUUAUUUAAUUCCCGUAAUAGUAAUAUUCACUAUGUAACCGUGUAAUGUUUGAUAUUAAAGAUCAUGUAUAUUGCUGUCAUUCCAUUUGUAUUUUAUGAAAUAAAUUUAUAAACUCAUGUCA